AUGCCAACUUUUGGAAUUUGGGAUGGUUCAACCAACUUCAGGAGCCACUCCGAUCUAUCCUCUUCCUCGGAGAAUGGUCACGAGGUUCCUCGUUCUAACCCCCUUAACGGGUCAAACCGGAACGGUGUCCAUCAAGAGAAGGUGCAACUUCCUCCUUUCACGCCGGUGAACCUACUGGACCUCUCAGGACAUGUGAAUUUACACAUGAGAUGCAUACGAAGUGUUCAGUACAACUUGGAGGCCAUGCACGGUAAGCUCCUCAAGUCGGUUAUAGAGGCGUCUUCAGCAGGUGUGUUGGAUGAGGAUCGCUUUGUAGUUCCACCUCUGCGCCCUGCUCCGAGGUCAACUCCAUGCCAGCGGCUGCCUCCUUCUCUCAGCACGGCAGUUGUUCCUCGGCAACCGAUCAUUGAGCGCCAAGUUGAAUCGGAAUAUCUGCCGUCACCUUGUACCCACAUUCCACCCAAUGGAUUCUCGGCCUAUCCCCCUUUUGCUGGUCCUUGGUUUCCAAACAACGAGGACAUGUCUCAGACUUAUGGAGCUAGCAAUUACGUGCAUAACAUGAACUACUCGAUGCCUUUCGGAAUAGAUGCUUUCUCCAGCGGGGUGGCAUUCUAUCUAGCUAUGUGGGAUUUCCCUCAAUCACGUGGAACAGGCACAUACAUCCCCAGAACAGGUUGGAACAGGGACAAGUCGUGGAAUGAUAGGGGAAGGAUGCAAAGGCAGCGGCAAUCAGACCGGGGUUACGGAGAAGGGAGACCGGAUGUUGCCUCAAGCAAUGGGCAUGUUGCGGGCGCAAGCACAGCAGGACUAACAUUGACGAUGCGAGGUAACCCACACCAGGGUGCCUCUUCAAGCACAACCCCUUCAAGCAACAAUGAGCAGAGGUCUGAGAAUGGGUGGGUGGUGACACGGAUGCCGCCGAGGAUCACGAUUCCUCGUCAUGGCAGUGGCAGCCAUCCCUCUUCACCUGCUGUGGUGAUCACACCUGUCGUCACGGCGGAACAGCAUGGGAACUUGGAGUUCGGAACCAUGGGGCCUUUCUCAGUGGCUCGUCAAAACUCCGUGUUCGAUGAACAAUUCCCUGCUCUCCAAGAAACAACAAGGCAGGGACAACAAGGCCCACAGAGGAGCCCCAGGCCAGGCGCGGGUGCAACCCCCAGGAGCUGGCCUGCAGAAGCCUCUGGGUCAGCAAUGCAGAGCCCUAGACCCGGUGUGACUAUGAGCCAAAGCUGGCCCAACCUGCCGGCACAUAGCCCCAUGCCUGUUGUGCGUACAAUCCAGAGCUGGCCCCACGUGCCAUCCCCCAGGCCUGGUGUGGGUGCGGCCCAAAACGGGCCCGUAGGAUCCCCCGCUGCCUCCACAUCGCAGAGCCCUCGGCCCGGUACCAGUGCGGCCGAAAACAGGGCUGCCGGGCCUUACCAGCUGCAAGACGAUGCUGACUUCCCUCCCCUGGCGACCGAGAACCCGUACGAUGCUGACUUCCCUCCUCUCCAAGUUGCGGCCCGCCGCUGACAUGACGCUCGCAGUCGCGGCACAUGGUAGAGUUGAGAUGACAUACAACUAAUCGUGACGGUGCAAGGGGAGAGCUUAACUUCAUGACUUGGUUGAGGGGAUGGUGUGCUCGAGGAG